AUCACUGGAAAUGUAAAUUCUGUUGGCCGGUGACUAUCUCACAGGACGGACGUAUGUGAAUUUCUUUUUGCAAGUUAAACCGCUAAUACUUUACCGGCCAAACUUGCAACUUCUGUAAAAUAAUUUUAUGUUAGUUUCUCUUCAACACAAGGAUUGUAUUUAUUCAUGAACACUGAGCAAGGACUUAUUGCACAAAUUUCCGAGAUGGAUUUAAUGUGUGCAGAAUCAGAAGCCCCAAGGCGGGCUUACGAGGACCCAGUGUUAAUUCUAGACAAUCGAGUUUUACAGAAUCUGUUAGCUCUAGAGGACAGAUAUCAGCCGAAUCCAGCUUAUUUCAAAUGUGUUCAGACAGACAUUAAACGUUAUAUGAGAAAAAUGGUCGCACAGUGGAUGUUAGAGGUUUGUGACGAACAACGAUGCGAAGAGGAAGUGUUUUCAUUAGCAAUGAACUAUUUGGAUAGAUUUCUUAGUGUUUGUGAUACCCCACGGACUAGAUUGCAACUCUUGGGUGCAGCGUGCAUGUUUAUAGCAUCAAAAUUAAAAGAGACAUGUCCGAUUUCGGCGGAAAAACUUGUGAUAUACACGGACCAUUCAAUAACUUUAUCAAUGUUAAUGGACAUGGAGUCUUUAUUGUUAAGCAAAUUGAAAUGGGACUUAUCAGCAGUAACCCCACAAGACUUUUUAGAGCAAAUUUUGAGUAGAUUAGCAUUAGAAAGGGAACAAACUGAAGUGAUUAAAAAACAUGCACAGACUUUUGUGGCACUGUGUGCAACAGAUUGUAAAUUUAUGAUGUACCCGCCAUCCAUGAUCGCAGCAGGGAGCGUGGGUGCCGCAGUGCACGGGUUGAGUAAUGUUCCACAUUUAGACGUUAAAUUGUUACAACGAUUGCAUGAGAUUACUGGUAUUGAAAUGGAUUGUCUCCGUGGAUGCCAAGAACAAAUCGAACAAACCUUAGCAGUAAAUUUGUCAACGAUGGCAAUGACGACAACAACAACAGCAGUAGAACAGACUUCAAAAAUGGAACAUACGCCGUCACAUCACACUAACACUCAACAUGAACAUUUAAAAGAACAGCCCACAACACCUACAGACGUUCAGGAUAUUCUCUUCUAGUUAUGUGUGAACAAAUUCAAGAGAGCAAAAUAUUUACCACAAAGUUAAAUGUUAUUUUUAUUAAAUAGUUCAGAUAUAAUUGCAGAAUGCAUUUAAUAUUUUUAUUGUUAAAAAAUUGUUAAAACACCUUAAAAAAAACAGUUGUUUUUUCUAUUUUUUUAUAUUGUUCAAGUUUCUUGUUCCAAUUGUUUUUUACUCAGAAAUUUAACUGCCCGCCGAACUUCACUUUUGACACUCGCCUGUAUACAUAACACAUUAAAUUGAGGGAAUAUUAUAGUGCCUUAUAGAUAUUUUUGGGACCAAACGACUGCCAGACCAUUCCAUAUUUUUCAAAAAUAAUCAUACUGAGAAAUUUCAUGCAAUAUUUGGCUCAAGCUUAUUGGUAUAUUAUUCAGAUUGUGUCAGCUAAAUAUUAUUUAUAUGCUCAUGUUCAUAGAGUAGAGAAUCACUUAAAAGACAGUUUUCAUCAAUUAUAUAGUUCACCAAUUUCAAAGAUCUGCUAGCAUAAAGUUAGAAUCUCACGAGUUAUCUCCCUUAGCUGUGGUGAUCACUUUUUAACAGAUUAAUAGAUUAUAUUUUUAACACUUCAUUUUUUCAUGUGAUGUUUUUAUUUUAUUUUAUUUUAAAGUAAUUUUGGAAUAAUGUAGAAAAGAAGUAUUUAAAGCGAUGAGAAACUUUGAUUUAAGUAAUUUAACUUUAAGAUUGGUUUUCAACAUUACACAGACAUUGUGAUCUUCUAGAAGUGUUGUCUUGCAGAUUAUAUUUAUUUGUAGUAAAAAGGAGUUGGAUAUACUUGACAUAGACUGGCGCUGUAGAAAUGUGUGAUAGACAUAUUGUAGAAGUUAAAAAAAAACACAGAACCAUAAUAGAACAAGAAGAUAUAAUAAUAUAUAAUGUAUAUAUUGCUAAAAAAAUCAAUUUACAUGUAUAUGUUAACCAAAAAAAAAAACUACAAAAGCAUGUAAAAUAGUCAUAUGGCAAAAUGAACAAAAAAAAAUUAAAAAGCAGCUUUUGAGGGUCCAAGUCAUGGAAAGGGUAAAAAUAGCAUCACCACAUGAUGUACUAUUGUUCAUUCUAGAAUAUGAUUAUUCAGGUAUCCUCAAGGUCACACUUAUCGUGUUAUAUUGUCAUGUGGACAUUGUGUAUAUUUUGUCAUUUUUUACAUGUAUUUGCAUUGUAGCACAUGUAAAUGUGUUCUGCCGAUGCAUCAAGAUAUGCCUUAAAAUUGCAUAUUAUCCUCCCAGAAUGUGAUAUUUUUUUUAUAUUUUCAUAUUUUUUUCAUGUAAAUAUCAUUUCUUAAGAAAAAAAUCGUGUAUCAAAUUUAAACAUGUAACUAAUCACAAAUCAUACAUUUAAUUCAUCAUCAUUUUAAUCAUUAUGUUUUUUUCCCCAGAAAACAUCGAAAUUGAACAAAAAGCAUUUUUAUCAUACUUUGUUCAUCUGUUAUGUCAAUGUUGAAAAAUCAUUUUCACAAAGAUCUAGGUAUAGAUUUAAUACUAUAGUGCUAUGUACAAACAUUUUACACAGUCAUGCUUUUUUUAAAAUGUUACAUGAAAAUUGUUUGAUUUUUAUGUACCUUUUUGUGAUUGGUUUUGAAUAAGUAACAUUGUAAGUUAUUAUUUAUUUAUAAAUCAUGAAGGGCCAAGCCUUUUAACAUUAAAAUGCCUCCAGUAUUUAAAACUACACAUGUGUUUCACAUGCUCUUAAUUAUUCGCAUAAAUAAGAGUUUAAUCUUUAAAACGUCUACUAUAACCUUCAUAUAACCAUUUUAAUAAGGAUUAUGCAUUUAAAAAUCAUUUAAAUUAUUGUACUAACAUUUGCUUUCAGUUUAAAGGGCACUGAAACAUGUUUGGUUUUAAUACGGAGGCAUUAAGGCCAUGGUAAGACGGUCAGGGGUUCUCUGAAAAAUCUGCGAUUGGGUGUGAUAUUUUUUUCUCUGACCCUUCACAUGUACUAUAUAUUACUGAUGUAGGGUCGGAGUUCCGGACAAAGCUGCGAUUUGCAGACGUUGGGUGUUUUCUUAAAGCUAGUUUUAGUACUUUGAUUUAAAAGUCCACAUUGACUUUUGAGUUAAAUGGGUAGUUGCUUGAAAUCCAGAUUUUUCGUGAAACUUGGAAUCGUUAGCCGUGACCUCGCAUUCAAAGAUGUGUUCAAUCAUUACUGUUUUUACGAAGAAAAUUCAUUGAAUGUUUCUGACUUAAUAAAAUGCAUUUUGUGUGGUCUUAUUUUCGACCAUCUAAUUUGGUUUCCAAGAUUUUCUUCGUUAAUUUUUUUAAUGUUGACAGCGUUCUUGCACUUCUUGGAAAAGAUGUAAAAAAAGAGUGCCAUUUCAGUAAGGUGUGUUGACAUGUCAUGUGAUAUCUAUAAAUAGAACUCUAUAUAAAUAGUAACUUCUAUUUAUGAAAAAGAAACACUUGAUUUAAGUAUAUGGUGUUUUAAGGUAUUUAUUUAAAAUGUUCCUCAAAAUGGUAAAUGGGCUACCUCUAACAUAUGGAAUCCUAUUUUUCGUGUAUAUUAAUGAAUUUUAGUUUUUGCACUAAAAGGAACUGUUAAAAACAGGAGUAUUUUCUACCUCAGUGAGUAACGUUACGCAUAGCAGAGCAAAGAUUUUAAUCCAUUUUAUGAAAAUGUUCUUUCUCAUUUCUGAGAAGAUUGAAUACAUACAAAGAAUUUUGAUCCAGUUCAUGUUUAGUUUGAGUUGAAACUAAAAUUUCUGGAUUUGAAAUUUUUGUUUUAUCAUUAGUUUUGAUAGUAUUAGGGCUAUACGCAAUCCAACUUGGAAUGCAACACGAUAGCUUAAGAAUUCUUUACAAUUUAAGGCUUGUGAAGUCAGCUUAAGGUUUGUUUUUAAGAUCUGACGAGGGGUGUUUCAAAAGUCCAAUGACUGUUUCAACUUCGCACUCGCGCAGAAAAAUAGUUACAAAGUUUUGACAGAACUGCAAAAAACAGGACAUGCUAUCCUGAAGAAACCCACAGCAGGUUCAGAUAUUCGGCACAGUCAAGACUUUGUAAAAUGCAACCUUAAUGCCUGAAUUUGUUUCACAAAACUUUAAAAAGAAUUAUUUUCGUUGGGAGUCUUUCAAUGACAGGACUUUUUUCAAGUAUUUAGUAGCUGUGAUACUUACUUUAUCAAUUUUUGUUUAUUUUAUUUCAAGCUUUUCUUCCCGUCACAUUUAUAAAUAUGUAAAUGAUUUUGUGAAAAUGAGUGACAAAAUGACUGAAUGAACAAAUUUGCAUAACUGUUAAUGGGUGAAAAAUGACUGUAAUUGAAACAUCUGUUGUUUUAUGCUUGUUUUUUUUAAAGAUACUUGAAUGAUAUUAAAGAAUUUUAAAGAAGGUUUAAAAGUUUCGUUCUUUUGAUUUAAAUUGUACUUGAAAAUUUUUAGAAAAAAAAUUAACGAAAAAGGUAUGUCAUUUUUAGCCCAUAGUUAAGAUUUAUGAUUAAGACUACUUGUAUUUUUUUUUUGUAUUAAAGUUGCUGUUAGACUGAUAGACCCUGAAAAAAAAUCGCGCUAUUGUGAUAAAUUAUAUUCUUGAGCAACGAUUUGGGGAUCUAGCAAUAUGGCGUGUGACUGUAGUCUGGCGGAGUGUUUUAGGGGCCUCAUCCUUUUUGACGGAGUGAAAGGAAUUAUUUAAUGUGUAAAAUAGUGUCUUUUAACUAAAUGUAUGGAGUCUAUUUAAAGAAUGGUUAGUAGAUGAGGUAUUUCUCCUAUGAAGGAUGUAUAAUAUCGCACAUUCUGGCGCUCUUUCUUUCCGAACAUGAUUGACCAGAAUUUUUCGGGUUUUUAAAACUUACAUGUUCUUGAAGAGUGCCGGAGUAGGCAAUUUUAUGUCUUGUAAUUGAAUGAAAUAGUGUACUUACUGUUUUUCUACGAUUUUUUAUGAGAGAAAGACCAGCGUAAUUUGAAUACGCAUUAUUUAAAAUAGUUGUUUUAUGUUUCUGUAAUUUUUAGUUUUCGAAGUUUUCGUUUAAAGUUUUUUUUUCGCUGAAAGUCGAUUGUCAUGCUAUGCACCGAAAAUCUGAUGUUAGAAAAUUAAAAAAUGUUGACUGGUUGAAAAAAGUUAUAUUCUUGAUAUGUCAGCUUUUAAAAAAUGCCUUAUUGAAAGCAAUAAAAAAUAUCUUGAAAUUACA